GGUGGUGGUGGUGGUGGUGGAGAGAGCGCAUGCUUCUUCAUUUUGAUCACCACUGCUUGCUGUCAAAGCCAGCCAGCCAGGGGAGCCAUCAUGUUGGGGCAGAAAGGAAACUGUUCUGUCAGACGCCCGUUUGAAAACUUACAGAGCAGAGGAUCAAAAGGCCAUUGAUCCGUGUGUGUGAUUCACCGAGCUGUGACUACCUUGUUCUUGUACAUUAAGGAGGUGUUCCACAGGCUGCGUUGUCGCUGAUGGAUGUUGAGGGACCCAGGACAACUUUAGUGAGGAGGUAAUCACAUUCACCAGCGCUGGGUUACAUCACGAUGGCGGCAACGGCAUUACCAUGGAGACUGGCAAGGCACAAUCUGUGAGCGCUCUGUUGUACGGCUCGGUUGCCGUGCCGACGGAGAGGAAGAUGGACGCCCCGGCCCCGCUGACUGCUGUUUACAUCCGAGCUGUGCCCGCCCCCCUGCCCACCCAGCAGCUGUUCCCGCAGGCUCAGUUUCCAGGGACUCCCCAACGUGAGCCUGCCACCCUCAAUCUGGCCGGGCCCCCCCUCUACACCAAGGACGCCCUCCCCUUCCUGACGGUGCACCUCUCCGGCGGGCUCCAGCCCCUGCAUCAGGAGCUGGGCCUCUCGCCCACCGCCCCCCUCGCACCUCUCGCCCCCGCCUCCAGGCCCCGGGCGGCGGGGAAGCAUGUGUGUCCGCACUGCGGCCGGGACUGCAUGAAGCCCAGCGUGCUGGAGAAGCACCUGCGCUGCCACACCGGCGAGCGGCCCUACCCCUGCCUCACCUGCCGGGUCUCCUUCAAGACGCAGAGCAACCUGUACAAGCACAAGCGCACCCAGGCUCACGCGCGCCUCUCAGCCGAGGCGGGGCAGGGCGCCAGCGGCAGCCUGGAGAGCGGGUGCGGAUCCAGCCUGGGCGGCUCUUCUCUGGACAGCCAGGUCGAGGAGGAGUCGGGGGGCCUGGAGGAAGAGGUCAACAAGUACUCCUACGCAGCCAGAGCAGAACCGGGGGCGGACCCAGAACGGGGCCCCACUGGAGACCCCGUCCAGGGAACGAUCGACACAAGCUUUGCAACACAGAAGCCAGAGCCUGCUCAAAGACCAGGCCUAGCGAAGGAGGAAGUGAGAGGGAAAGAGUGUGAAACCAGAAAGUGUCAAAGUGUGACGCCAAAUCGACACCUUCCCCUUCAGAGGCAGGCGGCCACACAGGUCUUUAAAGAGUGGCCCGGUGAAGCGUCGAGAGGGAAAGCCCAGAGCCACACGAGCACCGACUCAGGCUUCAGCGAGAGCACCGACCACAACAUGGACGCCCUCCCAGAGUGCAUCACGGGGCACCACGACUGGUCUGGUAGCAGCCAGAACGGACCGGACCCCAGGGACGGGGUGCCUGUGAGGGAGCAGAGAUCACUGGAGGAGCACAUAUCCAAGCUCAUCUCGGAGAACAGCGUCGUGGUGGACGACAAGAAGCUGAAGACCAUGAGGCCCCGGAAGACGGUGCUAUCCAAGCAGGGCAGCAUCGACCUACCCCUGCCCUACACGUACAAGGACUCUUUUCACUUUGACAUGCGGAACAAUCUCUCUCCGAUCGCCAGGCUCCCCGGCAGCAGGAGGCCCGAGCUGCAGAGCUCCCUGCAGCCGCCCGGCUCAGCGAGCACGGAGCAGGCCCCUCUCAGCAGGAGCAGCUCCCUGCCCUACAGCAUCGCCCUCCUGCCCCCGGAGCAGGGCAACCGCAGCUUCUCUUACCCCAGAGAUGAUGUCACCGUGAUCCGCAGAGGGAGCUCCAACCCCGUGCACCCGACGGCCUUUCCCUGCAAAUCUGUGGACCAGCAGGUGCCCGCCCACCGCCCACUGGUGCGCCAGGCCGCCGUGGACUGCAACCACGCAGCAGAAGGUCCUUUCUUCACGCAUUCGUCAGCAGAGAGGCUGCCGGUAAACAGAGACCUCAGCUGUGACGGGGGAGGUGGCGGGGAGCCGAGCGACCGAAAGCGGCCCAGGAAAAAGGCGCAGAAGUUCACCUACAACAAAUGGUACACCUACAAGGGAGGCACGUUCAAGAAGCUCUACAACACUACAAAGGCCGGGUGUAGGGUGGUGUCCGCUGCCGAGGAUCCAUCGUCGUCGAGGCCGGAGCGUUUGAUGGCCCAAAGUGGGAAGAGUCCCAGUGAUUGGACGACGACAGCAGGCUUAACCACCGGCGGGGUAGCUGUCUGCCAUACGUCCUGCCUGCCUGCCCAACCCCCGCCGGUUCCAGGUCUGGAGUUUAAUCCCAAACCCAGGAGGGUUCAUCAGGAGUGCAGCUCUCCCAGGCCCCCACUCCUCAGUCAUGCGUCCUUGUCCACGCUACAUGUAACCCCGAACAGAUCGCCAGAGAACCAAAGCAGGACAGAUGUCACGGGCCGACCAGCAGAGAGGCAUGCUGGCAAAGAGAAACACGCUCACUCCAUCUCACCACCUCAGAGGGCCCACAUUCCUUCAGACAGGAAAAAGCAACGAACCCAUGACAGUACAGUAGUAAAUCCCUCAAGAACGGCAGCAGACCACAACACAAUAAACAACCCCUCCUCCUCCCUUCUUGACGUUUUCCCCACACAGAAUACAAACAUUUGUCAGGUUAGCCUGCGUUUGGAUCAAAGACUUAAUCGGCUCGGGAUAGGCCUUGUGGCUCCGUGCAUCGGUGCAUCAAAUGUGCAAACAUCUGUAAAACCUCAUUCUUCCGUUUCUCUCCUCUCCUCCGCCAAGCCUAGCUUCCUGCCAAAGUAUCAACUCAAGAUCCCCACCACCACUGAAACCAGAUCUACGCCCUCACUGCACACUGUCAAAGUGUCAAAAAAACAAAACGUUGACUACGGCCUCACGGGUGUCUCCUCUACUUCUGAUCAUCCACACUUCUUACCCAGCAGCGGAAACACAACGUCCUCUGGGAGCGAAUUUACUCCGCAACCCUACGUGCAUUCAGGAUAUCCGCAAAGCACAGAGGCCAGAAACUCCACACAGACGGAGAACGUGUGUGAAUCCUUCGUACCAGGUGGAACUCCCUGGGGGAGGCCGGCGCGGGCGCUAACUCAGAGACAUUGCACAACCAUCACCACAGCCACUGCCACAAUGCGUAGCCAUCCUAAAGAGUUAUGCUCCCCGACUGUAAUCCAGGCCUCAGCCUUUAAACCCGUCAUGGCCCCCCAUGCCGCCUGCUUAGCCAGACCUUUACUGCCAAACCGAUCCAUUACGGCCUCAACUACAGCGAGACCGAACAGCCGCUCAGCGAUUCUGUCAUCGUCCACCUCCACGACCCUCACCAAUUUCUCCCAAGGUCCCCGGCUGGAUCCGCCCCUCCUGGACCCCUUACGGUCACUCCCCUCUUUGGGACAGUCGACUCGAGGGGACGCAGGGUCUGGUGGGCACCCGUUGGCCGAGCCCCCCCGUCAGAUGGGGCCGUUUGAGGCUGGGCAGCUGGACCCCUUUCGGACGGUGUUCCACGUCCAGACGGCCGACCUCCAGAUUUGUCUGCAGAUCAUAUCUGACGAGCAGCUGGCUCUCAUCGAGCCACGGGUGAAGAAGCAGGCGGGUACAUCAGAGAAAACCCCCCAGACUCCUGCCCCCCGCUUAAUUGGGCCUGCAGAAACCUGCAGGGGGAAAAGGGCCCAUCAAUCAACCUGUGAUCAAAGGGAGGUGGAAAACAUUGCGCCCCCACCUUCAGAUCUGCAGUCCGUCAUUCUGAACUCUAUGGGACAGGCAGGUGUCAGUCAGUCUCCGGCAUCAGGUAUCGUCGAUGUCUCUCGGUCUCUUCAACCCCUCGUUCACCCAAACAGUGAUUCUAACCACAACACAGCUGCAGAAAGCAGAUGUGGCACAGGCCGCACCGAGGCCUCGCCUAAAGCGGCGAAGCCUGACACAAGGAUACUAAAAGGGGAACCCGCCCAUUCGGUCUCAGCUGGUCUUAAUGCUGCAGAACUGGGGGAGGUGACCUCUCUGCUCCCUGGUGGAUUCAUACAGGAAGGAAGCCAAGCAAGCCAACACACUCCUCUAAGUCGAAGGGCAAUAACCUGUACCGUGGAAGAAGUGACGGCUACGCUCAAGGACCGACCCAGCGCCUCUCAGGGUAGGGAUGGCGGGGCAUGGGCCUGGACCCAAGCGGAGGCCAGCCACGUCGCCCCCCACCCUUGGGACGGGGCGUCACUGCUCCCAGAAGUCAACAACGAAUGCUGCAGGGCUUCAGCGGAGGUGACAGUCGACCUGCCUGUGUGUGGGGGUGGGGGUGCCGCCUCGCUGGCGGACCUCCCCCAACCACAGCCCCCAGGGCCUUCCCAUGGAGGGCCUUCCCAUGGAGGGCCCCCGCCGGCAGGAGGGCUCACCAACCAGAAGGCUCCAGAGAGCCGGCGGGGCAGGAGUUCCCCCGGGCUGCCAGACAGCGUUGGGGCCGCGGCGGAGAGGAACAGCCAGGGGGGGGCGCGGGAGAUGGAUCAGCAGAGUGUGGAGGAGGUGGAGGAGGACCCUCCCGCCCUCCCACGGCCCCGGACCCCCCACGGAAUGUCUAGCGGCCUGUGGGCGGGGCCCACCAAUGGGACGCCCCUUCCCCCCCUCGUACCUGCUGGGGGUGACGUCACACUCACUCUGACUGCCGAACCUAAGGCCAGCCCCGCCCACUCUACACCAGGCCCCGCCCACUCUACAGCCGGCCCCGCCUACUCUACAGCCGGCCCCGCCUACUCUACAGCCGGACCCGCCCAAUCUACACCCGGCCCUGCCCACUCUACUCCAGGCUCCACCCAAUCUACUCCAGCCCCCGCCCACUCUACCGCCGGCCCCGCCCACUCUACAGCCGGCUCCACCCACUAUACCACCGGAUCCGCCCACUCUACUCCAGGCUCCACCCACUAUACAUCAGUCUCCACCCACUCCACAGCCGGCUCCGCCCACUAUACAGCCGGCCCCGCCCCCUCCAGGGGUCUGCCUUCAGAGAGGGGCGUCGGCCGCGAUGGGUGGGUCCAGGUGUCCGACCGGCGGGUGUGUUCGGGACGAACCGACCACCAGGAUGUUGGCCUCACCGACCCCCUCGCCGGUCGAGCCGAUCCCCGGCCCCAGAACCCCCCCGCCCCCCCCGCCCCCCCCGGGUCCACCUGGGCGGCCGUGUCGGCCGGGAUCCACACGGCGCUCACGCACUGCUCCGACACGGCGGAGGAGGAGGAGGAGGAGGAGGAGUCGGUGUUCUCUGAGGCCGGUCUCGGGGGACACCAGUUCAUGGGGGGGGCCACUGCCGCCAUGGUGUGGCCGCUGCCCCCCCUCUGCCAGGGGGAGGGGGGGGAGAGCAGCAGCGACGACGACGAUGAAGGAAAGCUGAUCAUAGAGCUCUAA